AGAACUAUUUGGAACCAUGUAAAAGACCGGGAAAUGUCAAACUUGCGACAAUAAGAACGACUUUCGUCAACUUGCAAUGGUUUGUUCGCCUGGUUCCCAAAGAUCUGUAAGCCGAAGUACAGCUCACACUCAUAGCGCAAGCCGAAGUCGAUCUAGGAGUGGCAGUAUUCGGCGAAGUUAUACACAUUCGAAUCGCAGUCGAUCAGGAACCAGAUCAUUUUCCAGACGCAGUUCCCAUUCACGUCGGAGUACUAGGUCGAAAAGUCAUUCCAAUUAUUCUCGUUCACAUUCUGGCAGUCGACGUUCCAGAUCAUGGUCUAGAUCACGUUCACGCUCUCAUGGUCGGUCUGCUUACUCGUCACGUUCACGUUCUGCUAGUCGUUCCAGAUCAAGAUCUUAUCGUAGUCGGGGAAAGUCGUUUUUUAGAAGUAGAACAAGAAGUUGUUCGUAUCACUCAGUUCGUUCACGAUCACACAGCCCCAAUUCAAGAAACGUUUCACCAAGCGCCAAAUGUGUCAAAGAUCCGAGGGAUCGUUCUAAGCGUGCACAUUGGACAAAUAAUGUUUGGCUAGUUGGUGAAAAAGCAAAGGAUACAGUUUUUCAUUUCUGUGAUAUUUGUGAUUUACCGAUUGUAAUCUAUGGACGUUUGCUACCUUGUAAGCAUGUAUUGUGUUAUACAUGUGCUAUGAAUCUUAUGAAGAAAUGUAAUAGAUGUCAAAAGUCUAUACAAACUGUGGAACGAUGUUUAGUCGGAGGAAUAUUCAUGUGCUUUGAAAGUGAUGGUUGCCGGCGUACUUAUCUCAGUCAUCGUGAUCUUCAAGCCCAUAUUGACCAUCGACAUCGUACUGGGUCAACUGCAAUUACUUCGGUCGCUAAUAAUACCAGUAGUAAUAAUGUAAAUAGUACGAUGAUGACUAAAAACGAUAUUGUCACACAUUCAGAAAUAAUUACACCUUUGCCAAACCAAGUCAAUUUUACGGAAGAGGCGUCUCUACUUUCCGGCGUUGUAAAAACUAUAACAACAAAUGCUAAUCAAGUGACUACACCUUUAUCCAUAGAUAAGACAACGACUGGUGCGCCUCCUCCAAUGUCUUUGUUAGGUCCAUCACCAAGGUUAGUUAUGAAUACGAUGAUUCCACCAACUUGUGGAAUAACUCAACCGAACAUUUAUAUUAAUAAUCAGAAAAACAGUGGUCUUUUACCAUUACCGCCUGCACAGACUUCAUCCUCAACACUUUUUUCAAAUCGACUUCCUAUGGGAAUACCUCGACCGCCUAGACUAAACAACCUGAAUAGUAGUUGUAAUACUACAACUAACAAUAAUAAUAACAGUAAUAACACUGUCACUAAUAAUUUUCCUCAACUUCAACAGUUCACAAACUGUCCUCCGCCUACACUUCCACCUCCACCAUCUAUCGGGGCACCGAAUAUUCGUGCGCCACCACCAGGAUCACUACAACAAGCACCACCACCGUCUGCAUUUCUUGCUAAUUCACUCUCCAUUCCGUCAUCGUCGUCCACACAGCAUAAUCAGAACUUUAGUGGUGCUUCAGCUGUUGCUGCUUUAGCUGCUGUUGUCUCAGCGGCGAUGUCAGCAGCAGCAGCUGUCCAGUCGAAAUCUGCUGGAAUGACAGUAGUUGGUGGUACAAAUAAUCUAUCUGGAGCAACGAUUCAACAAUCUUUGACUAGUAAUCAAAUGCAGGUAAUUUUGUAUAAAUAUUUUAUUCGUUCAUUUUACUAAUCACUUAUUUUGACCGAUAUCGUCGUUUGUCGGUUGAAUUCAUAGGAGAUUGAACUCAUUUAGAGUCGUAUUGAAGAUUAGCGAACCAACUAUUUCGUUCUAGUAUUCGCCUCCUUGGCAGCACGGACUCACGAUAUCACCAGGGAUGAUGAACAGGACUUGUAGAUAAUCAAACAGAAGGGUUACAUUAUUCAAUGAAAAGGUAUUGAAUAUUAGAUCGAAUGUCAUUGAUAUCUGCUUAUUGAUGAUUAAAAAGUAUUUAGUUCUCACCUAGUAGAUUACAAUUUUGAACACUGUUCCGCCUACUUUUAUUUGACCAGCCCUCAAGUAACUAAAGUGUGAUCCAAACCCAAGUUCUUGGUAAACUUAUAAAGCCAACUCAAUUGAAAUUAAAGCAGUAAUUCUCGCAUAACAUUGGAUAAUGAUCACAUCAACUACGUGCUGACAGAAUUGAAAAAUAUGAAGCAAUAAAUUCCCCUACUUUGUAAUAUAAAUGAGUUAUGGCUUAGUUUAGAUCUAGUAAUCAUCAGCUCUGCCCAUUAUGAUAAGACCAUAGGUGUACAUUGGUCAGAAGCAGUAAACAAGGAUGGAACAUUUGUUCAGUUUUUUAGUUUGACCAUUAAUAAUGAUCAUAACAAUAUCCGUAACUUGAUCUUUAUUCAUUUAUCUAGACUUUUGAAUUUAUAUGGUUAACAUUUCAUGUAAUUCAUGUAUCUCCGGAUAUAUAUUUUCUAAAUACUUUUCCUAGCCACCUAAUCCAUUGAAUGCCUCAUCAUUAAUUACAAAUGCACUUCGAGCUACUAACCCCAAUUGGAAUCCAUUGGCUACUGGUGUAUCGAAUGCAUUGAAUAACAGUAACAAUAAUAAUAAUGCAAAUAAUAAUAACAAUAAUCAGAAUAACUUUAACUCAAGAUGUUUACCAUUUCAAUAAGGAAAUGUGCUUGUAUACAUUUGACUGUUACAUUAAUAAACUUUUUUUUAUCUCAAUGUAACUUUGUAACACAAUUUUCAAUAUUUUUUGUUUAAUAUAAGACAAACUACUGUGAG